CGCGGCGGGGGGUGGGGGGGACGGCGUGCAGCAGCCACGGCAGGACCUGCACCGAGCGCGCCGCGGGGAGGGGCAGUUAGCUGCCGCCGGUGCGCGCUGCGCCGCGUUCCGCUGCGGCGGCUGGGCCUCCCCCUCCCCGCCCCUCCCCGGGCAGUGAGACCGGAGGCGGCCAUUACGCCUCCGCGCCCACCGCCUGACAGGCUCGGCGCGGCGGCGGGCCCCCGCGCUCCCCGCCCGCGGGGGGGCGGGAGGUGUGUGUGACAGGAGCGCGUGACGGCCGCCGCGCUCCGCCCCCUCCCCCCCCCCCCCCCCCCCCCCGCGAUACUGCUCCCGGCGCCGCCACCUCGGCCCCGCGCGGUGCGGGAGGCGCAGCCAUGGAGCCGGAGCGCGAGUGCCGGGUGCUCUCCAUCCAGAGCCACGUCGUCCGCGGCUACGUGGGCAACAAGGCGGCCACCUUCCCCCUGCAGGUUUUGGGAUUUGAAGUUGAUACGGUGAAUUCUGUCCAGUUUUCAAACCACACAGGUUAUGCCCACUGGAAGGGUCAGGUGUUAAAUUCAGAUGAACUUCAUGAACUUUAUGAAGGACUUAAGCUGAACAAGGUCAACCAGUACGAUUAUGUACUCACAGGGUAUACAAGAGACACGUCAUUUCUUGCAAUGGUGGUGGAUAUUGUCCAGGAGUUGAAGCAACAGAAUUCUAACCUAGUAUAUGUAUGCGAUCCAGUGAUGGGUGACAAGUGGAAUGGAGAAGGCUCAAUGUAUGUGCCCAAGGAUCUCCUCCCAGUCUACAGGGACAAAGUUGUACCAGUUGCUGAUAUAAUUACACCUAACCAGUUUGAAGCUGAGUUACUCACAGGCAGGAAGAUUCACACAGAAAAAGAAGCUUUAGAGGUAAUGGAUAUGCUUCAUGCCAUGGGACCAGAGACUGUGGUGAUCACAAGCUCAGAUCUACAGGCACCUCUAGGAAACGACUACCUAAUGGCUCUGGGAAGCCACAGAAAAACUGCAGCAGAUGGUACCAAGAUGACACAAAGAAUUCGAGUGGAGUCUCCUAAAGUAGAUGCUGUCUUUGUUGGAACAGGAGACUUGUUUGCUGCUAUGCUUUUGGCGUGGACACAUAAGCAUCCAAACAACUUGAAGGUGGCGUGUGAAAAGACUGUGUCAGCCAUGCAACAUGUUCUGCAAAGGACCAUUAAGAGUGCAAAAGCACAAGCUGGAGAAGGAAACAAACCAAACUCAGCCCAGCUGGAACUGAGAAUGGUCCAAAGCAAAAAGGACAUAGAAAACCCAGAGAUCAUAGUGAAAGCCACCGUGUUAUAAAGGCUGUACGUCUCCAAUAACGCACAAUGUAUUGAUGUCCUCAUUUCUUUCCUGUAAAUUGUAAUAUUUGCCUUAGAUCUGUGACAGAAACCUGACUUUCAUGAACUAGUGCCCAGCAUAGGCAGAUAUCCACUCUAAAACAUAUGUGCUGGCCUUGCUCAGUUUUAAAAAUAAAACAAUUAGCGUGCAUUGAAGCAUAUUACCAGGUAUCAAAAUGGCUGUCAAAAUUCACUUAAUCUUUGUAAUUACCCAGGGCAAGAGAGUACAAUGUUCCUGCCUUGCCAAAGACUUUAGAUGUGAAUUUGCUAAUGGAAUGCUUGACUGUCUGGAAAAUAUAUUUCAAGAUGGCAUCUAGUGCCAGUGGAGCUGGCUCAAAGCUCCCUUUUCCUGGAGAUAUCUGGUUACCUACUCUGGUAUUCAGUAUCUCAGCUGCUAUGAAACUAAGCAGGGUUAGAACUACACACAGAGCUCUGGUUGUGUGUAGGAGUACUUUGAAGAUGUUUGGCAUUUAAGUACUCUGAAGUGACCUUGAGGUGUCAUUCAUGUUACUGAUAACUGCUCCUGUUUCUUGUCUAUGAACAGCUGCACAGUUUCAGUUUCUGUAGGUACUGUCUGCUUAUUUCUAAUACUGCUAAUCUGUGGGUGCCCACAUGAUUUUCUUCCAAAAGCUGCUCCAGAAACAUCUUAAUUAAUCAGAUAAUAUCUUUAUUCAGUAGCACUGAUUAGAAGUUUGUAGUUCUACCUCCGAGGCCAGCUUUGAUUCUUUGUUUAGUUUUUAUCUAAGGACAAGCAUUCUGUAAGGACGAAAGAGAAAGCAGCUCUUACCCUGAAAGCUGGCUACUCUAGUUUGUUCUUCAUGGGUGGAUGUAUUUACAAACUACUUGGGGGGCGCUUCCACUUAACAAUAGUGAGCACUACUGGCAGGCUUAUUAAUGGAGCAAUGUGGUAAAAGUAAUAUUUCUAGUUUAGUAAGGUUUAGUAAGUUACACAUGUUUACCAAAUGCGAUGAAACAUGCAAAAUGAGUUUGUUCAUAAUGUCUCUGCAGCCUACGCUGAUUAGAGAUGGCAGAAAUGCGUUAUCAUUAAUGCUUCUUUAUUUUAAAAUUCUGCUUCGUAAGGCUUCAAAAUGGGAUUCUUAAUAAUUUCAGCACCCUGUACAUCACAGACACAUAUUAUACCCUUAGGGCAGAUAUACUGACAUGUACUGACCACUCAUACUUCCAUAUGAUUUCUAUGUGGGACUGAGGUUCUUGCUUCUCCCAAGAUGAUGUUUAAUGUGUUGUUAAAUCCAAAUUCAGUUGAUGGGCUUUAUUUGUCUCAGACAGCAUCAGAAGGUUAAAACUGCGUUUCUGCUUGCAGUGACACGAAGCAAAUUUGCGUUAGAGGAAAGGGUUGAGGUUUUCUUGCUUACCUCAAGAAACUCACUUGUGGGUAUGUCCCUUUCCUGCAUCUUCCUCAUCACCCCUGCCUAACUGAUAGUAUCACUUGCAUAGCUUGGGAGUCCCCAAAAGAGCUGGUUUGGGGAUUGCUUUGGCCCCUGAAGUCUUCGCUUAUUCCACCAUUUUUGUGGAUUUUAUGCCAUUGUAAAAGUUAAUUGGUUUCACCUAGUAGAAGAGGUCCUUAAGGUGAAUUUUUAGCAGAAUAGAUUUUUUCAUAGAGUAAGAUUUAUAAUGAAUACAUUUCUGAAAUCCCUCAUCUGCAGCAUCUCUGAAGGAAAUUAAAUUUAAGAGGUGAACAUGUUUUGCAGUAAAUAUAAGAGGCAAACUUCAAGAUUUCACUCUCAACAACUAAUAAUAAUUUUAUUUCCUCUCAUGCAUUUGGCAUUAAAAAUGGAAAUAAAAUUCAUAUGACUUGAGAAUUUUAAGGGACACACCCCCACACACCCCCACACCCCGAAAUGACCUACAAAACGUGACUCUACUGCCACAGUUUUUAGUAACCACUGCCAUGAAAUAACUUUCUAGCAAUAAUAAUUUUGGUGAUAUGAACAGUUGCUAAAAUUAGCAGUCAGUAACAGAGAUGAGUUCAUGGCUGAUAUCCAACAUGUCAAAAGACGUGGACUAUCUUAACAGUCUCUAUAAAUAUAUGAUGGGAAGCAGUGAAGAAGGAGGAGCCAGGCUCUUCUCAGUGGUGCCCAGUGAAGGGAUAGCCAGCAACGGGCACAAAUUGAAAUACAGGAAGUUCUGUUUAAUCAUUAGAAAAAUAUAAUUCACUGUGAGGGUGAUCAAAUGCUGGCACUGGUUGCCCAGGGAGGUUGUAGAGUCUCCAUCCUUGGAGAUGUACAAAACCUGACUGAACAUGGCCCUGGGCAACCUGCUGUACUUGACCCUGCCUGCGCAGUGGGGUUGGACUAGGUGAUCUCCAGAGGUCCCUUCCAACCUCAACAGUUCUAUGAAGUACGACAAAUUGCCUUUCUUUGCAGCGCUGUAUUUUUGAAUUGAUGCAAAUAUUCUUUUUUUCUUCCUGAGACACAAACUUCUAGAUAGGCUGGGAAAUAGGUGAGUAUUAAUAAUUUGCUCCCUUUUUAGAUAAGCUGCUUUUUGCUUGGGCACUUGUGCCAGGUGUACAGUUGCCUUUUUUAAGAUAGUUGCUUUCAGCAAAGGUAUUUAAAUACUGUAUCUGGGGAUGCAUUUCAACAGUUAAACGCAAAAGGAUUUGAACUGUUUCUAGCAUUGAUUAAAGAAGUGUUGCAUGCCAUAUUCCAAACAUAACUAGGAGUUAAUUUAUCUUUUAAAAUCAGACUAUUUCACAUGGAAGCGUAUAAUCCCUACCAUCCUCUUGGGAAGAAGGGAUCAACAUACUGAACUUUCCUGCCUGUACAUGUCAUGGUUGACUUUGCGCCAUUAUGCUUGACACCCUCAGGCAGCUGUAUCCAGUUUUGCAGCUCCUGUGGGUCACAUACAAAAAUCUUCAGGUGGCCAAGCUUUGAGACCUCUACUGUGUCCCUCAGGUUGCCAAGAUUUAGAUGAAUUCCAGGAGCAGUUCACAUGCAGUAAAUGACAUUCGAUUUCUCUGGUCCCAUGGCUCUGGCAUAGAUCUCGGAUGGGUCUGGAAGUGGCUCCUGGUCACCAUCUCCUAUAGCCAGGGCUGUGGAUUACCCAGCACCCCUGCACCAGCAUUAGAUUCAUUGCCAGUCUCGUAACAGGGCCUGGCUUGGGAGCUGCAUGGGGCCAAACUGAGAGCCGUAUGGUGGCCAUCCCUGCACUAGUGCAGUGCAAAAUUGGGGUUCCUCAUUUCUUCAUACUAGGGGAUCAACAGGAGAGGGAGACUCAAAACUGGCCUUUUAAUUUUUUUUUAAAGCAACAAUAAGUGUGCACUGUCAAAAUUUGCUGUCAAAGAAACCCUACCUGUUGCAAGCAUGUAUUACAGAAAAGCCCUUUCAGUGAGAUGGCACAAUUUUUUUUGCCACUAAAAAAAAAUAGACUUUCACAAGGGAAUUGAGAGAAAGGCAAGGGCUGGUUUUCUCUGAAAUAAAGAAGCUUGGAAUUUAGGAAACUUAAACCUACUUUGCAAACAAGGUUUUAUCUGUAAACCAUAAUGAACCGUGAUCUUGCCAUAAAAAAGAAAGUUAUAUGUUUGUUGGAGCAGCUUAUACCUGUUAUAACUGCUUCAAAGAAUGGAUCAGUUCAGUAAUUCACACCUUCCUCAGAAUCUGAGACAUAUCCAUGUUUAGUAUCUUUUUUUUUUAAAUGUGCUCGAUUUGCAGAAGUUCAUAUUUGGCAAUAGCUGGAUUCUGUAGCGAUGGGCUGCUAGUUGCUUCUGCUUGAGUCCCUGGGAGUUGCUACUAUAAUACCUGUUUUAAACUCCCACUGACCUGAUCUACAUUAGGUCAGGUUUAUGUCUUCAGUGAAGAAUUGGGCUUAACAUCUCUUGCCAGAAACAAACAUCACACGUUAUCUGUAAAUAAAUUAUGUAGCUUACAUUUUGUAGUCACAACAGGCUAACAGGUAUUUUUAAAUGUCAAGAUAUACAUACUUAAUACCUGGAUGCAUUUUUUAUUUGUUCAGUUACACAGUGCUUUUUCAUAAUGUUUCCAGAACAAAAUUCAAAGACUCAGCACAGUCCUUUCCAGUCUUUUAUUCCCUCUUCUCCUCCUGCAUAUAAUAUCUGUAUCUAUUUCUGAGUUCCUACUGUCUUUCUGGUGCAGCUGGAAAGUAUCUCAGUAUUAGACAGCUGCCCACUAUUUAUUUAAGGGCUUGGAGGGGACUUAUCAGGGUUGUCUGAUCCACUUGUAGGUCCGUAGGUAAAGAAAAAUGGUUAGCCUAAACUAGUUUAGGUCCCAACUGAUUACAGAAGAACAAGCACUUUAGUCCAGAGAGUGGAGUCAAUAACUAAUGGAUAAUCUCCCAUGACCAUCCUAACAGCAUGACAGGUGUCUGUAACCCACCAGUCCAGCAUUCACCAGUUAGGGACUGCUGACUUCACUGCCACGCGUACUCCCACGUGUGCGUGUGAAGGUAGCAGCAAAGGACGCUUCCUUCUAGUGCUGAAGCGUCAUGUACGCAUGGGAGCGGUGAAUGCUUUGUAUUUGUGUCCAGUCGACAUCCCCACCGUUCGUUCUUUUCACUUACUGGGAGUAAUUUGUGUUGGAUCCCUUUUUUCUAGAAUGAACUUUCCAGUGUAUGUGGUCAGCCAUUUUGAUUACUGCAGGUGCGCUCAUUUGCAGAGCCAUUGUGCAGGAGAGACCAAAAGUUGUUUACAAAUGAUCUACUCUAUUCUGGGCCCAGAUUAGUCUCUACACGCUUAAAAUUCCCAUGUACCUCUUCGGGAGACGUGCGUAAAGACAUUGUGCUAAAAUCAAUGCUAUUCACAGUUGAUAAAAACGUUUAAGAAAUCCACAGUAUGAAUUGUUAAUGUUUGUUUGGUGAUUUUUAUCAUAAGAGAGAGAAAUCUAUAAUCAAUGUGCUAUACAAAAGAAUCGGAGGACCAAGAUUUCCAGCUACUCAUACUGCCUGUUUGAGUGUCUUAACUGUGUCUUGAUUGGGUGGUGUUAAUUUGUUGUCUGAGACUGUUAUGGUGAUUGUAUUGAUUUAUUUUAAAAUAUGUGGCAAGGAAGAUUGUAAUAAAAGUAUCUACAUUUAAUAUACCCCGCACAGACAAAUUGUUAGAUCCUAUUUUUGAAUAUGUUAAUCAUUUCGGAAUUAAACAGAACAAGAACA